GUAAACGGUUCGUGUUUUCGUGAGGCGUGGAAGUGGAUUUCAUGAGAGGAGGUUCCUAGUUUUUGUUGUAAAUAAUGGCAGCGCAGCGGGCACUACCGCAGAGCAAGGAGGCUUUGUUAAAGUCCUACACCACGAGAUUGAAGGAGGACGUGAAAUCGAUGCUGGAGAAUUUCGAAGAAAUUAUAAAGCUAGCCAAAGGAGAGAGCGAUUCCCAAUUAUCUCGGAUGACACAAUGCGAGCAAGAUACGUAUGAAAUGCAUGUUAGAGCGGCGAAUAUCGUUCGCGCGGGAGAAUCUCUGAUGAAACUUGUGUCGGAUAUAAAGCAGUAUUUGAUACUGAACGAUUUCCCAUCGGUAAACGAGGCUAUAGCGCAAAAUAGUAAAUUAUUUAGGACAAAACAGGCCGAGUGCGAUCAAAAGUUAGCAUCUUUGAGAGACGAUAUGGCUGCCGAUUUAUACGAUUUAGAAGAGGAAUACUAUACGUCGAUAUACAAAUAACACAAACUGUAGGUUUUUUUAAGGAUGUGUGCAAUUGUGUGCUUGU